AUGAUGGUCGCUGACAACCCGUUCGAGCCUGCGCCCGAGCCGUUUACGCCAUCAUCUGAGCUGCGCGAGUCGCUUCCAUACUCUGAGCCCGCCUCGGAACUCGGUUCAGCGCCCCAUCCACCAGCAGGAGGGUCCGGGAUGGAGAGGACGCCACGACGCGUCCAGUGGAACACGGACCAUGUCAUUGAUGUGGCAGACGACGACGACGACGACGACGCACUUCUCGACAACGCACCGGAUCUUGCCCUCGUGAACCGCGCUCUCGAGGAUCUGAAGGACGACGACUACGACUACCGAUUCGACCCAGACCCUGGAGAUAUUGAGGAGAAGGAAUUGGAGUCGCCAGAAGAUGAGACGGAAGCCAAGGAGGACGAGACGAUCCACAAACUCCUCAAGCCCGAGGGCGCCGACCACGUGCGAUGGCACGUCCAGCUCGGUGAGACGGACGGGUUACCGACAUACCGUCCCGAGGAGAAUGCCGCGGCGCUGGUGGGCGAGCACACGGGCAAAAGUCGGUGGUCGAGCAUCCGGCGGCGUGUGCGUACCGGAUCCCUCGCCCGCAAGGGACGCAAACAGCAAACGGGGCCGACCGUUCCAGAGCACUCGGCCAUCAGCAAGGCCGAGACCGAUGCGGCGCGCACGUCGGCCAAUCCGCCUCUCUCCGCGCCCAAGCACCAGGCUGGCAUGCCUCACCUCCCAGGCGGCACGUCGGUCCUGUCCUCUCUCCUGGCAUUAUACAACUCGUACCAUCACCUGGACAGCGGCCCGGGCUCUGCAGCCUCGACGCCAGGGAGCUCCCGCCCUCCAAGUCCCGAGUACGAUUCGCCGGAGCGCGGACGUCAGAAGAAGCGGCGCUCUAAGAGCCCGUGGCGACGCUCAGCAAGCGACACCCCGUCACCAAGGGCGGCUUCGGACGAGAUGAGGCGUAACAAGAUCCCCGAGGAGAUGAAGCGUAACAAGAGCGCGCAGUCGCUCUUGCGUGUGGUACAUGACCUACGCGACGACCGACCACGACAGGCACGCUCUGGUGCUGGUGUGUUCGGCGCACUCGUCGCCAACACGGCGUCUAUGGCGGCACCGGCUGCUCCGUCUAGCUCGACGCUGGUGGCCUCCGCAACCAAGCCGGGAUACCACCUGAAUCGAUACAAGUUAAUGGACAACUCGUUACCGUCGGGACCUGCGAGCUUUCCUCCCUCCCGGCCCUCCAGUGCCUUGGGCGCACCCGAGUCUCCGCGGACCAGUGUCUUCGGAACAGACUCUGAGAGAGCGUACUCGACCGACAACCUCGUUGAGAUGCGGAAGCGCCGCUCGCGACCACCUCUCCUACCCACGCGAAGCAAGGAGAAGGUGCUAACCGCUGAGCAGAUUGAGGACGAUCGGCGGCGCAAGGAGUGGGAGUCGGAGAAGAAGCGACGCAAAAAGGCCAAGGAGGCACGCAAGAAGCAGGAGGUGUACAUUAUCCAACACGUCGCGGCAAUUUUGAGCAGGCAGCAAUUUAUCAUGAAGCUCGCUCGCGCGCUCAUGAUGUUUGGGAGCCCGACGCAUCGCAUCGAGACGCAGAUCCAGGCGACAGCGCGUGUGCUCGACAUCAACGCACAGGUGGUGUACUUGCCGAACAUUAUGCUCAUUUCGUUCGCGGACGAGUCGACGCACACGAGCGAGACAAAGUUCCUAAAGCAAGCCGGCGGGUCGGAUCUCGGCAAACUCUUAGCGACGCACAAGCUGUACUGGGAAGUGGUGCACGACAAGAUGAGCGUCGAGGACGCUGGCCGCGAACUUGAUCGCCUCAUGACCGAUCCGCCGUGCUACAACGCAUGGCAGAUGAUCGUGAUCGCGGGUUUCUGCUCUGGUAUCAUUGUGAUCACGUCAUACUUUGGUUCGUUCGUGGACGCGCUCAUGGCCGCGCCUCUUGGCAUGAUGCUGCAGGCAGUACAGCUCAUCGCGCUCAAGAACGACCUCUUCUCUGGCGUCUUUGAAAUCGUCAUCGCCACCGUCAUCUCGUUCCUCGCGGCCGUGCUAGCGAGCACUGGCAAGUUUUGUUACACCGCCCUAGUGUCUGGUGGCAUCGUCCUCAUUCUGCCCGGCUUUAUUGUUCUUUCUGGCGCCCUCGAACUCGCGUCCCGCAACAUCACGGCCGGCGCGGUCAGAAUGGGAUACUCGGUCAUAUACUCCCUCUUCCUUGGCUUUGGCAUCUCGAUUGGCUCCGAGGUGUACGUCAAGAUCCGGGGCGAGCACGUCCGGAACGCCACAAACAACACGUGCUCCGCGACAAGAUACGACGGUGCACCAUGGUACCUCUCCAAGCCGUCAUCGUACUGGUACUUCCUCACAGUCCCAGCCUUCUCAUUCUUCCUCUCCCUCAACCUCCAGCAGCCUUUACGCGGGCGCACCGCCCGCCGCGAACUGCCCAUCAUGGUCCUCUUUGCCUGUGCAGGCUGGGUCACAAACUACUUUGCGGGCCGUGCGUUCCCGGGCCGCUCGGACAUUGUGAGCGCAAUUGGCUCGUUUUGCGUCGGCAUCCUCGGCAACCUCUACGGCCGCUUCUCAAAGGGCGCAAGCUUCCCCGUCAUGGUGACGGGCAUCCUCAUGCAGCUCCCCUCAGGCCUCAAGGAGGGUGGGCUGUUCAACUUUGCCAAUGACACGGCUGGCGGGAGCGUCGCGCAGUGGGCCACGGGCUUCCGCGUCGCAGGCCAACUCGUCAGUGUCGCUAUUGGUCUUACUGUCGGCCUGUUCGUUGCGGCCGUGCUCGCACACCCGCUUGGUGGAUCGAGACGGCGCGGCGCGGGCAUCUUUUCGUUCUAG